AUGUGGACCAGCAUCAUGGGCAAGGCCUUGCUCAAGCUCAACAAAGAUGAACAUCAGUGUCUGGGAUUGUGCCUCCUCAAAGCCAGCCUGAACUGCUGCACCUGCAAGGCAGUGAUGUUCCCCUUUGGGUGGGGUCAAAAGGGUGAGAGUGGCAAGUACUACUGCACCUCCUGCCUCCCCAAGGAUCUGCAGGCUGCUCUGCGCAGCAGUCUCACCAAGAAACAGAGCACAAGCUCUUUGCAGAGCACCAAGGUGGUUGCUCAGCACUGCUGGUUCACCAUCCCCCUGUGGUUGUACCAGAUUGGUGCCAUUGACAAGAGGCAGCUCAUGGACUUCUGCAACCUGCCUACCAUGUGCCAGUGGAUGGAGGCCAACUGGAGCAAGUGGGCACCCAAGCAACUCUUCUCCAACUAUUCCAGUGCCACUCCUGGUGACAUGGAAAAGCACAAGGAAGUGCUCAACAGCAUCAACUGUCCACCUCCACACCUUGCCAUCCACCACAAGGUGCCUGCAGUCCCAUCAAUGCCUGAUACCUGGGGUGACCUUCCACACUCUGCCAAGACCAGCUACAUUGCCAGGUGGGUGCAAUGCACCUUCAAUGAGGGGAGGAAGCUGGCAGUGUUUGGGCAGCACCUGCACACCUUCGCCAUCCUCAGGCACCAACUUCACAAGCAACACCUGUGUAACCUCAAUAUCCUUGAGGUAUCAGGCCACAUCCCCACUGAGAAGCAUGCCAAGCAACUCACACAGUUCCUCAGCUUGACCCUGCCUGGCAUGCUCCUCCUCUCCACCAACAUGUGCACCAUGGGCAUCAACCUACAGCAGGUGACUGAGCUCAUCUUCAUCAAGUUGAGCUGGAAUCCAGCAACUGACCACCAGGCCAUGUGCUGUGCAUGGCGGCUUGGGCAGCAGCAGGGGGUGAAAGUUGCCCACCUCCUCAUGCAAACCACCAUCAACCAGCAUGUCACCAACACCAUUGAUGCCCACAACUCCAAGGCUCUCAGGUUUGACAGCAACAUUAGGAUCAGCCACCACAACCCUUCCAACCAUCAAUUCCACGUCUGCCUGACCAAGUGGGCACAAAUGUCACACACUUGGGUGAGGGCUCAUGAAGACCACAAACAUAGGUAUGUAGUGGACUUUGCAGCAAGAACUGAUGAGCUACAGAAUGGUACCACUGAGCACCUCUUUGACACUGAGGGUGCUGCUGUGUGA